AUGGAGAAGUGGUGGGAGGGAACAAAUGAAAUGGUUGGAUUGUAUUGGAGAAGUGGGAGCAGUCUCACUCACUCACCAAGAAUCGAACACCACCAUCAAAUCAAAACGCAGUCGCAAUUCACGGUCGCACGUUGUCCUUCCACGGUGGACACCCACUCACUCAUGCACAACAUCGCAGUUUUGCGCGUUUCCUCACAUCACCUCACGCCACCAAUCAACCUCCGCCACGUUGCCGGGAUGUGGAAUCCACGCGCUCUCUCUGCUCCACUCGCCGUGCUUCUUCUUCACUCUCUCCUUGCUCUCGUCUCUGCUCAGAGAUCUGCUUGGAACACGCUCGACGGAUCUGUGCGAGGUCCACCGUUGGUUGUGGCACGUGGUGGAUUUUCAGGGAUAUUUCCUGAUUCUAGUGAUGGUGCCUAUAAUUUGGCGGUAAUAACGUGUGGACCGGAUGUCUAUAUAUGGUGUGAUGUGCAGUUAACAAAAGAUGGAGUUGGGAUUUGCCAACCAGAGUUAAAUCUUGCAAACUCUACCGACAUUUCAGCCACUUACCCAAAUAAAACCAAAACCUACAUGGUUAAUGGAGCACCCAUCAGUGGCUAUUUUUCUCUGGAUUACACUAUGAAGGAGCUAGGCAAUCAAAUAUUAACUCAGGGAGUACUCUCUCGAUCCAGCCGGUUUGAUGGCAAUGCUUUUCAAAUCCUUACUGUUGAUGAUUUGGUUACAUUGAACCAAAAACCAAAAGGAAUAUGGUUGAAUAUUCAGCACAAUGCAUUCUACGCACAGCACAAUUUGAGUAUGAGAAACUUUGUGCUUUCAGCUGCUAGAAGAAUAGUUUUCAGUUAUAUCUCUUCACCCGAGGUUGAUUUUCUGAGAGGUAUAUCAACACGCUUCAACCCAAAAACAACAAAACUGGUCCUCAGGUUUAUGAGUCAGGAUGACGUAGAACCAUCAACCAAUCAGACUUACGGUUCGCUUUUAAAGAAUCUUACAUUUAUCAAGACAUUUGCUUCUGGAAUUCUUGUUCCAAAGGGAUACAUAUGGCCUGUAGAUGCAACUCUUUAUCUACAACCACAUACAUCUUUGGUCUCGGAUGCACAUAAAGCGGGGCUGGAAGUUUUUGCGUCAGAUUUUGUGAAUGAUGUUCCAUUUAGCUUCAAUUACAGUUUUGAUCCACUUGCCGAGUACCUCCAGUUCGUAGACAACGGUGAAUUCUCUGUUGAUGGUGUGCUGUCUGAUUUCCCCAUUACUCCAUUUGAAGCUAUAGCUUAUGGAGAAGUUUCUCCUAACAGACUCGUAGUUUUUGUCCUCGUUCCAUGGAAUGGAGUUGUUAGAGCUGUAAGGAGUUACGUGCACACUUUGCAUGAGGAUGCCACUAAUGCUGGUGGGAUUUAUGUUGACUUUGACCAGAGGAUUUCAUGCUCGAAUCCUCCUUGGGCGGCCCUUUAUGCUGAUCAGAUUCAGAUAGGGUCCAGAUGUUGCUUUUCUCACGUUGGCACCAAUGCUACAGAACAAGAUAAAAUUUUGAUCAUCUCAAAAUAUGGAGCUAGUGGAGAUUAUCCUGCUUGUACCGAUUUAGCAUAUAAUAAGGCCAUAGCUGAUGGUGUGGAUGUUCUUGACUGUCCUGUUCAAAUGUCAAAAGAUGGAACACCAUUUUGCUUAAACUCCAUUGAUCUCAUAGAGAGUACAACAGUUACCCAAUCAAAAUUCAGUAAUUUGGCCAUUAUUAUCCCCGAGAUCAAAUCUGUCAGUGGUAUAUAUGCAUUCAACCUGACGUGGAAUGAUAUAAAAAACUUGACCUGUAAGUCAGAGAAAGUUCUGAACCCAAAAUUUAAGAAUGCUGGGAAUUUGUUGACGCUAUCAGAUUUCUUGUCCUUGGCAAAAAAUCAGACUUCUCUAUCUGGUGUCUCUAUCAUUGUUGAGAAUGCAGCCUAUCUUGCUGAAAAACAAGGAUUAAGUGUGAUUGAUGCAGUCAUCAAUGCUUUGAGCAAGGCAGGUUAUGAUAAAGGAGGAUCCCAAAAGGUUUAUAUUCAGUCCACUAAUAGCUCUGUACUGCUAAAGUUCAAAGAGAAAACCAGUUAUAAACUUGUGUACAAGAUUGACGAGACUGUCGGUGAUGCUGCUAAUGCAGCUGUUGAGGAUAUAAAGAACUUUGCUAGUGCUGUGGUUGUCAGCAAGGACUCCGUAUUUGCUAGUAAUAGUAAAUUCUUGAUUUACAAUACGAAGACUGCGCCAACGCUAAACGCUGCUAACCUCUCAGUUUUUGUAGAAACAUUCAGCAAUGAGUUUGUUUCUCAAGCAUGGGAUUUCUUCUCAGAUGCAACCAUUGAGAUAAACUCAUAUGUGAAUGCUGAUGGAGUAAAAAUUGAUGGUAUCAUCACAGACUUCCCUAAAACUGCUGACAGAUACAGAAGGAACAAAUGCUUAAAUUUGGGUGCCAACAAACCUGUUUACAUGGAUCCUGUUCAACCAGGUGGUCUGUAUGGACUAAUUACCUCAGGUUACUUGCCUCCGGCUGAAGCUCCACUCCCACCCUUAACAGAAUCUGAAGUUGCAGAGCCACCUUUGCCUUCUGUUGCUAAACUAGCCCCAGCCCCAGCUUCCGGUCCCAGUGCUGGAACCAAAGCACCACCCGGAAAUGCACAGCCUAAGACUGCUGUCUGCUUCUUCUUUUCCACUCUGGCUGUGUUCAUAGCUUCCCUUCUUCUGCUUUGA